UGUCAAAAAGUUCUUUCAAUACUUGUCAUAUUUUUUUCCUUUAUAUUUCUCUAUUUGCUUGUCCCCCCUCAGAUCCUUCGCACCCGGCGCAAUAUAGCUGUAUCUACCCCUUUAACUCUCUCACAAGUCCCAUUCCACUCAACUUUCUCCAACAUCACAACCCUCUUUGCCCCUUUCUCUCCACUUUACCAAUUCCCCUUUUUCCCUUUUCCUUCUUUCAUUUCUUUGACAACUUAUCUCCAAAACAACAUGGCACACAACAACACCCACAGGCGCAUUUUAGCAGCUCCAGACCAUAAUCCUAAAACUUCCAUUUCCAUGGAUCCCACUCUCAAAAAGCAACCAAAACCCACCCCCUUUACCUCUAAAAGUACUACAGACAACAUCUCCAAUCAAUUUUCCCAUCUCUAUGCAAAUCACAAAAUCCUUAAAUCUUCCUUAAAAUCCUCUUCUGGGCAUAAAUCAUAUUCACUUGACACACACUUAAAGGUCAAAUCUUGGACUGAUUCAUCUGUUUAUGAUUCCUCAUGCUCAGCUCUGACCAAGUCAAAGAGCCAACAUGGGAAGGUGAAAAAAUCUGUCCAUGAUGAUGAGAAAAUAGAGGCAAUUAUCAAGAAAGUACCACAAAAGGGUAAAGAGUUCCACAAAGAGGUGGAUGUUAAAAGGGCAUUUGUUAAUUUGUCUAAAAGUCAAGAAAUUGAAAGGUUCAAGGGAUUUGAUGAGAUAAAAAAGCAAUCUUUAUCAGUACCAUUGAAGAAUAGUGGAAGGAGGAAAUCAAUUUGCAGUUCAAAAAUUGAGUUGGGUGAUUUCUUUUCUUCUAGUGGUGUGAAAGUUGUGUCUGUUGACAUGCCACCAUUUAUGCAGAUUCAUGCUGUCAAUUGUGCAAGAAAGACUCAUGAUAGCUUGGAAAAGUUUACAUCUAAAGCUCUUGCUCUUACCCUGAAAAAGGCGUUUGAUGAAGUGUAUGGACCAGCAUGGCACUGUAUAGUAGGGACGAAUUUUGGUUCCUUUGUAACACAUUCUGUUGGUGGUUUUAUGUAUUUUUCUAUGGAUCACAAGCUAUAUGUACUCCUCUUCAAGACUACUGUACAAAAAGCAGAAUCUAGUUGAAAAUGUUGAGGUGAAUAAUUCAUUCUAGUACACACCAAAGUUAUAGUAACAAUGUGAUGUCUACCAAGUAAUUAUGUUAAUUUUGUACUCAACUUUUUCAGUUUUCAAUA